GCCAUGUAAACCUCUCUUUAUUUUUCCCUUUUGUCUUCUUUUUUUUAAAUUCCUUAAGCUGCUGACACCUAAGCUAUCUUUCACUGUGUUUCUUUUUUGUCAAAACUCUUUCAAUAAUAAGUGGAUCUUUAUUUCUUUCCUCACAAAACACAAUUUGGGUUUCUAAAAGAUUCUUCCUUUUUUACUAAUUCUUUAAGAUUUUUGCAUUCCCAUUUCUAUCUUCAAGUUUUGUUUUAUGGGUCUUAAUUAAAGUCCUAGUCUUGAUUUUUUAUAAUCAAUAUUUUGGGUUUUGACUUCAUUUUUAAAGGUUUUCUUGUUAAUUUAUGUUACUUCUUUUCUGGGGUUUUUUUGUAUAUUGAGUUUUAAGCUUACUUUCAGUUUUUUCUGUGUUGAAUUCAAUUGAAAUCUGUUGGUUCUUCAUUUAUUUAUCUGGUUUUUGUUUUUUUGAGGGAACUGAUUAGUUGUCACUAGCUCCAAGUCUCUGUGGGUUGCUUCACCAGCUUUCUUUAUUCAGGAUAUGAGCAUCACAAGUGAAACCGAUUAUAUGAUGACAUCCAAAGUUGACAUGGAUUCACCAGAUGAAGAAAGUGUAGCACUUAAAAAAGGUCCCUGGACUUCUGCGGAAGAUGCGAUUUUAGUGGAUUACGUCAUGACACAUGGUGAGGGGAAUUGGAAUGCUGUUCAGAAGCAUUCAGGACUUGCUCGUUGUGGUAAAAGUUGUCGUUUGCGGUGGGCAAAUCACCUAAGACCAGAUUUAAAGAAAGGUGCAUUUACUCCAGAGGAAGAGCGACGGAUAAUUGAACUGCAUGCUAAGAUUGGAAACAAAUGGGCACGAAUGGCUGCUGAGUUGCCUGGCCGCACAGAUAACGAGAUCAAGAACUACUGGAACACCAGAAUAAAGAGACGACAGCGUGCAGGCUUGCCAGUUUACCCUCCAGAUAUUUGUUUCCUGGCAAGUCAGAACAAACAAAAUGAAGAGUCGGGUGCAUUUUCGUCUGCAGAUGCACAAAAUUCUAACAACUUUGAGAUUCCUGCUGUGGAGUUCAAAAAUUUGGAACUCAAUCACUUGUUAUAUCCACCACCAAUUAGCUUUCUGGCACAGGGACAUAGAGUUCCCUAUAGUACUACGUCUUUUCUUUCUACAAUGCAUCCGUCAAAGCGUAUACGAGGAUCAGAUUCCGUGUUCUCCUGUUCAAAUGGUGAUCUUCUCCUAACUUCCUUCCAAUAUCAGAAUGGCAGUUCUUUGCUUGCUCAACCCUUGGGGUUUUCUUCGUAUAAUAAUCAUAAUUUGACAUAUGAUGAUCAUCGAUCAUUCUCAAGUGUAAUUCCGGGCAGCCAUGCCUGUUUAAAUGGCAACUCUUCUUCUUCAGAGCCCACAUGGGCUACGAAGCUGGAGCUCCCUUCACUCCAAAAUCAGACAGCAAACUGGGGCCCACCUGCUUCCCCGCUUCCUUCACGAGAGUCGGUUGAUAUUCUGAUUCAAUCCCCUCCAGCUGGACACAGUGAAUCGGGUAGUCUGUCACCUAGGAACAGUGGUCUACUGGAAGCUGUGCUUUAUGAAUCACAAACUAUGAAAGAUUCAAAGGAUAAUUCAUGUCCAGAUCUCAAAGGAUGGGAAACUUAUGACGAUCCAUUCUCUCCUUUCAGUCAUUUCUCUGCAUCAGUAUUUAGUGAAUACGCCCCUAUCAGUGGAACCUCAUUACAUGAGUUACCAUCAAUAGCCACAAUGUCAGGAUGCAAGGUUAAGCAAGAGAUAGGCAAUCCAGCCCCCUUGGAUGACAAAGAUGGCACUUCGAACCAGACGAACUUUUCCAGUCCCAAGACACAGCAUGCUAAGAAUCAUCUGGCAUUGAAAGAUGCAAUUGGCUCUGGCUUUUUCGAUGAUUGUGGCUGGGAUUGCAAGCAAAUCCAUGCCGUAGCCACAUCAUCAGGUCAAGCUUGUGGACGCAAUUCUUGCUCUUGGGAUGCCAUGUCCGCUGUGUAGUCAACGACCCAAACGAGAUUAUGGUACUUUUAAAGUUUUGAUAACAUCUUUUUGAUAUAAAACUUGGUUAUCAUCUAUUAAAUGACAAUGGAAUACCAUGUAAUUUUUUCCAUAAGCUGGAAACAGUUACGCAUGUCCUGCGUACAUCGAGUUUAUGAAAUCUAGAGAUAAGAACAAAUGAAACAUUGUUUUUAUGUGGCAUCAA